AUGAAUAAAGUGACUACUGUCCUUCCCCCUCUGAACUUGCUGUCCAGUGGACAAUCCAUGUGCACAAAGUGGGAGAGGACCGUGAGGGCUUGGGUCCAGGAGUGGCAUACAGAUGCUAAGCGUUUUUACUGGUAUCUGAUGAAAAAGAAGAGUAUCAAAGAGGACCAGGAUGACGACUUUUUUCAUGAACUUCCAGAAACCUUUCCAUCGGAUCCACCUGAGCCUCUGCCACACUUCCUCAUUGAGCCCGAAGAAGCUUACAUUGUGAAGAAUAAGCCUGUGAACCUGUAUUGUAAAGCCAGCCCAGCAACCCAGAUAUACUUCAAGUGCAACAGUGAAUGGGUUCACCAGAAGGACCACAUUGUAGACGAGAGAGUCGAUGAAACCUCUGGUCUCAUUGUUCGGGAAGUGAGCAUUGAGAUUUCUCGCCAGCAAGUCGAAGAGCUCUUCGGGCCUGAGGACUACUGGUGCCAGUGCGUGGCCUGGAGCUCAGCUGGCACCACGAAGAGCCGCAAGGCCCACGUACGCAUUGCAUAUCUACGGAAGACUUUUGAGCAGGAACCCUUGGGAAAGGAAGUGUCCCUGGAACAGGAAGUUUUACUCCAGUGUCGACCACCUGAAGGGAUCCCAGUGGCUGAGGUAGAAUGGCUGAAAAAUGAAGACAUAAUCGAUCCCGUUGAAGAUCGGAAUUUUUAUAUUACUAUCGACCACAACCUCAUCAUAAAGCAAGCCCGCCUCUCAGACACUGCAAAUUACACCUGUGUCGCCAAGAACAUUGUUGCUAAGAGAAGAAGCACGACCGCCACUGUCAUAGUCUACGUCAAUGGUGGCUGGUCCACCUGGACAGAGUGGUCCGUGUGUAACAGCCGCUGUGGACGAGGGUACCAGAAGCGCACGAGGACUUGUACCAACCCAGCUCCACUCAAUGGCGGUGCCUUCUGCGAAGGGCAAAGUGUACAGAAAAUAGCCUGUACUACGCUGUGCCCAGUGGAUGGCCGGUGGGCCUCAUGGAGCAAGUGGUCCACCUGUGGGACUGAGUGUACUCACUGGCGCCGCCGGGAGUGCACAGCGCCAGCGCCCAAGAACGGGGGCAAGGACUGCGACGGGCUGGUCCUGCAAUCCAAGAACUGCACGGAUGGGCUCUGCAUGCAGAGUUUCAUUUAUCCUAUUUCAACUGAACAGAGAACCCAGAAUGAAUAUGGAUUUUCUUCCGCUCCUGACUCGGAUGACGUGGCCCUCUACGUGGGAAUCGUGAUCGCGGUGAUAGUGUGUCUGGCCAUCUCCGUGGCGGUGGCCCUGUUUGUAUAUCGGAAGAAUCACCGGGACUUUGAGUCUGAUAUUAUUGACUCUUCAGCCCUCAAUGGGGGCUUCCAGCCUGUGAACAUCAAGGCAGCCAGACAAGAUCUCCUGGCAGUGCCCCCAGACCUCACAUCGGCUGCGGCCAUGUAUAGAGGACCUGUCUACGCCCUGCAUGAUGUCUCGGACAAAAUCCCCAUGACCAAUUCUCCAAUUCUGGAUCCGCUGCCCAACCUGAAAAUCAAAGUGCACCACAGCUCAGGUGCUGUCACGCCCCAAGAUGACCUCUCCGAAUUCACAUCCAAGCUGUCCCCCCAGAUGACACAAUCCUUGCUGGAGCAUGAGGCUCUUAACCUGAAGAACCAGAGUCUGGCCAGGCAGACUGACCCAUCUUGUACAGCGUUUGGCACCUUUAACUCCCUUGGUGGUCAUCUGAUUGUCCCCAAUUCAGGAGUGAGCUUGCUGAUUCCUGCUGGCGCCAUUCCCCAAGGGAGAGUCUAUGAGAUGUAUGUGACUGUACACAGGAAAGAAAAUAUGAGGCCCCCCAUGGAAGACUCCCAGACACUGCUGACCCCUGUGGUGAGCUGCGGGCCCCCCGGAGCUCUGCUGACUCGCCCUGUCAUUCUCACCCUGCACCACUGCGCAGACCCCAGCACAGAGGACUGGAGGAUCCAGCUCAAGCACCAGGCAGUGCAGGGACAGUGGGAGGAUGUGGUGGUGGUCGGAGAAGAAAACUUCACCACACCCUGCUACAUCCAGCUGGAUGCGGAGGCCUGCCACAUCCUCACGGAGAGCCUCAGCACCUACGCCCUGGUCGGCCAGUCCACCACCAAAGCUGCUGCCAAGCGCCUGAAGCUGGCUAUCUUUGGUCCCCUCUGCUGCUCCUCCCUGGAGUACAGCAUUCGAGUCUACUGUCUGGAUGACACCCAGGAUGCCUUGAAGGAAGUCGUACAGCUCGAGCGGCAGACGGGAGGACAGCUCCUGGAAGACCCCAAGGCCCUGCACUUCAAAGGCAGCACCCACAACCUGCGCCUGUCCAUCCACGACAUCACCCAUUCCCUCUGGCAGAGCAAACUGCUGGCUAAGUAUCAGGAAAUUCCUUUUUACCAUAUUUGGAGCGGGUGUCAAAGAAACCUCCACUGCACCUUCACUCUGGAGAGAUUCAGCCCGAACACAGUGGAGCUGGUGUGCAAACUGUGUGUGCGACAGGUGGAAGGAGAGGGGCAGAUCUUCCAGCUCAACUGUACUGUGUCCGAGGAACCCACUGGCAUCGAUUUGCCGCUGCUGGAUCCUGCCAGCACCAUCACCACUGUCACAGGGCCCAGUGCAUUCAGCAUCCCUCUCCCCAUCCGGCAGAAGCUCUGUUGCAGCCUGGAUGCCCCACAGACACGUGGCCAUGACUGGCGGAUGCUGGCCCACAAGCUCAACCUGGACAGGUACUUGAAUUACUUUGCCACCAAAUCAAGCCCAACUGGUGUAAUCUUGGAUCUUUGGGAAGCACAGAAUUUCCCAGAUGGAAACCUGAGCAUGCUGGCAGCUGUCUUGGAAGAAAUGGGAAGACACGAAACAGUAGUGUCUUUAGCAGCAGAAGGGCAGUACUGACCACGCUGGAACAAAACAUGAAGGGCAGAAUGCACGCACAGGAGUCUGUGGCCAUCCAGGGAAACACUGCCGGGGAGGAAGUCCAGAGGAGACCAAUGAGCAUCACAGGCGAGAUGGCAGCAGGAGAGAGAAAGAAAACAGAUACAAUACCAAUGUACACGCCCACUUUACUUGGACAGCAUUACAGGAGUUAAAAAUUGUAUAAAUUUGUACCUUGGCUUUAGAAAUCAACUUAAUUUUUCUCUUAGUUGGGCUGUAUGCUGUAUGGUACAGGAUCUUACAGUUUCCUAGGAAACGCUUUUUAUUGCUAUCCAGAUAUAUGGAUAAACUUUCUUAACAAACCCAAUUUCUACAAACAUUGUUUACAUCAAAUUGGACAGGGAUGCAGUGAGUGUUCUGUUUCUAGAACUUAGAGAACUAGUGUAACCAUUUGUAUCAGGGAAGUGGAGAAUCUAAAUGCAGACGGCAAACAACUAAGGUUCCUUAUGCUUUGGCAGGGGGGGUCUGUCCAGUGCCCUUUGGGAAUAAAGCUUAGCAUUGCAGGGAAGAGAUUUGAUUCGUGUUCAGCCACAUGAACAUUUCUUCAGGACAGGUAUAUUUGUAACAUGCCAUCUGAAGUUUGUUUUUUAAAGGCACUAUUAUUGAGUAUCUACAAGUAUUGUAGUAAAAGGACUUUCGGAUUUUUGAUAGUGCUGCUGUUAGUGUUUGGUACUAACUAGAUCUGCCUCGCUGUCUCCCACGGCAGGCUGGGUGUGGUCAGCAGUUCAUUUAGUAGGCCUUGCUUCACAGGCCUUAGACCUCUGUCAUCCUGUCCUGAAAAAAGGUAGCAAAGGCUCCCGGGCCUUGUGAAUCUGUUCAUCUUGCUCCAACAGGCUCUUUCUCCUCUGAGUCUUCCCAGACAUGCGCUCUUUGAGGUUCUCUUAAUAUUGUGGUUGUAGGGCCCCACACUGACUCCCAGAAGGGUAGGGGGAUUGGGGAAAUGGGCUCUGAUCUGGAAAUCAGAAAACCACUUCUGGAUUUGAUCCCAUCUGGCUGUGCUACCUUGUGAAAAGCACUGAAACUCUGGAGCUCGGGUUCCUUUCAAGCAAAGUAGGGGGUAAGAUUAGAUCAUCUCAAAUUUUAAAAUGCUGGACUUCUGUUGUGAGGCCUCCAGUCUCAUUCAUCUGUCUGAAAAUGACAAUGAGCUCUGGCUUGAGUCAUUUAAAUAGUCAGCUAGUCUUUUUUCUCAGGCUGCAAAUAUAUGCUUUUCAAAUAGUUUUGAUUUGGAAGAAAAUUAUUCUAACCUGCAAUGUAUUUGUUCAGCAUUCGCUCUUAUGCUAUCAUUUUCUCGUCCUCUCUCAUAGGACCGCUCACCUUCUAGCCUCCUUCCUUGUUGUAAAUUUUUAUUAUUGUCUUGAACUCUUGACAUCAAGACCAUUCCCACAAAUCUGGCAGUAGCAACUUGCUGCACAUUUUUUCCUCUCUUCCAUCUUUGCUUUAAUACUAUGCAGUAGCAUUUACAAAGGUAAUUUAAUUAGUCCUUUUAUCCUAUAAAAUAAUAGCCAAGAGACUACUUAAUGUAAACUACGGUUUCCUUGGGACCAUCCCGGGCUCUUUAACACAGGGACUCAGUUCACCCAGCAGUGGGACUGAAAAGUCAACAACAGCCCAGUGGCUAAACCAAGACUGCACAGGAAGCAUCCUGUGCUUGAGUGGGAACCUUCAAAACGUGACGGAGGUGUCUUUGGGGCUGGAGGUAACCACAUUGCUAAUUGCAUUUGAAUUAGAAAUAAUUUUACACAUUUUCUCCCAUCAUUCCAUGUGCUCCCUCUCAUAGUUCUUAAUAUUCUCAAACGCUUCCAUUCUUAGUCUUAAGAAGCCAUUCUCACGCACCAUUUCUUUUUUAUCUUCUACUUUUGACAGCUAUUCCAGAAGCUGUUUCUCUAGCCAUACUGUUCAUUAAAAUUUCCAUAUAAAAAAUACUGGUUCCACUCGUUGUGGAAGAGGGAGAUUGCGCUAAUCAACAAGUUCAGUGGAUAAUGUUUGUACUGAUGAGUAAAGCUGUAUUCUAAAUUAAAAAUUUAAAUAAUCUUAAAAAGCAAAAUGAGGAAAACCUUAUUGUCCAUUAUUGCAUCUUGAGAUAAAAUUAACUUGUCAAGAUUGCUCAUUACUGGGAAUUACGUCAA